AUGUCAGAUGCAGCUGCACCAAGUGUGCCGAGCGCAGAUAUCGCUGCUCUUGCCGAUCUCUUCAAAAAGCAGAUGGAGGCAGCCAAUGAACGAGAGAAGCGUCUCGAUGCAAUUAUCACUGGUCUUACUCAACAGAGUCAGCCUCGCUCGUCGCCAGCACCGCCAGCUCCAAAGCCUGUCGCGGCGGAGCGACCCAUGCUGCUGUCCUCCGCGUCCCUGUCAGAGUUUGCUGCCUGGCAGGAACUGUGGGAAGACUUUUCUCGGUGCCAGCACCUGACAGCACAGUCAAAGGAAACCAGGGUAUCUGCCAUCCGUCAGUGCCUUGACGAAGACCUCAGACGUUUUAUCAGGGAGGGCACCAUUGUCAUCGCACCCAAUCCUGAUGCGUGUGACGUCUUGGAGGCGGUCAAGCAGUUUCUUCGCCGACAAAGAAACCCGAUACUUGACCGUAUUGAAUUUUAUAAGCGCACGCAACAGAAAGGGGAAUUGUUUGACGGGUUCCACACUUCCCUGAAGGAGUUGUUUAACACGUGUGAUUUUGUGGAACACGAGCUCUGUUCUGCCUGUUCGGCACAUGCCUGUUCUACGUGCAAGACUAAUCUUGCACGGGUCCACGCGGACAUGAUGCGAGACCGCAUUGUGAUCGGUAUCCUGGACGACACCACCCGUCACAAACUGUUGUCCACCUCCGACCUGACAUUGGAGGCGACAGUCAAGGUGUGUCGUGCAGAAGAGGCAGCCACACAGACCAGCCACCACAUCCCUACCGCCGGCCAAGUCAAUGCUGCCAGGAAGUCGUCUUAUCAGCGCGCGAAGUCAGCUUCACAGCCCCCAGUUGAGGCGAAGCACACUUCUGCUCGUGAUAAGUGCCGUAACUGCGGACGCACAGCGCACACGAAAUCGCCGUGUCCCGCGAUCAACAAAGUGUGCCUCAACUGUAAUGGAAUGGGUCACUUCCGGGCAAUGUGCCGCAGGCCUGCCAAGAAGCCGGACAAGUCGUCCAAGAUCGCACACUUGCGACUCAACCGAGCAUCUCUGUUGGACGACGCAACAGUUUCCGUUGCCACCCAGCUUGUGACCGAGCCAGAGCCCGUUGCUCUUAGUUGGCUCCCGGAUACUGGUAGCGACGUUGAUGCCAUCGGCACUCAACACCUUGACCAGUUAGGCGGAUUUGUCGAGAACCUGCUUGACGACAUCGACGAUGUUCGUACCGCAGAUGGCGCCAGUCUCACCCCUGUUGGCAAGAUUUCGGCGACUCUCAGUUGUGGACCAAACCAGCACACGUCCACCAUUCAUGUCUAUGAUGGUUUGACUGAUGCCCUCCUAUCCCGUUCAUCCUUGCACGCCCUGGGAUACUUGCCGUCCGGCUGGCCGAAGCAAAUCGCAGCAGUCCAACAGGUAGUCCCAUCGGUCGUGUCCAAAGCCACCGACUCAGAGACGAUGAGAGCCGAACUCCUAGCUGAAUUCGCUGACGUCUUUGAUGACUCCGUGUUGAAGCCGAUGCUUGGUGGACCUAUGGAAAUUAGAGUGCGAGCUGAUGCUAAGCCUGUCGCUGCAUAUCAUGCCCGCCAGAUCCCGCAUGCGUACCGUGACCAAGUGAAGUCCCAGCUGGAUGACAUGGUCCGGGAUGCCAUCAUCGAGGAGGUCACCGAACCCAGUGCGUGGUGUCACCCAAUUGUCAUCGUGGACAAGAAGGGGACAAACGAGAAGAGGCUCACCGUUGAUUUCAAAAAGCUCAACGACCAAGUCCAACGCCCUGCUCACCCCGCACCAAGCCCUCGUGACGCUGUAUCCAGCGUUGGCAACGCAAGAUAUUUCACCAAGCUAGACGCCCGCCACGGCUAUUGGCAAGUUCCUCUGAGCGAGGCCUCCCGUCCGUUGACCACGUUCAUGACACCUUGGGGUCGGUACAGGUACCUACGCAACCCACAAGGAUUGGUCUCUGCCGGAGACGAGUUUAAUCGCCGCACCGACGCCGCGUUCGCUCAUAUCUCCCAGUUCCAGAAGGUCGUUGAUGACUGCCUCGUCUACGAUAAUGACCUGCCCACCCACCAAUCUCACGUCCGGGAUGUCCUGCUCUGCGCCCGGGAGAAUGGCAUUACUCUGAGCGCCAAGAAGUUUGUGUUCGGCAUGCCAGCCGUGGAGUUCUGUGGUUACCGCAUCAGUGCUGACGGCUGGACCGUCGAUGAUGCCAAGGUCAAAGCUAUCAGCCAGUUUCCAGCUCCCAGCAACCGCACUGAUCUCCGAUCAUUUAUGGGUCUUAUCAACCAGUGUGGUGAGUUCACCCCGCACCUGUCUGAGCACGCCGCCCCGUUGCGCCCAUUGCUCAAGACGUCCAACGAGUUUGUAUGGGACUCAGUUCACACAGACGCAGUCAACGCUGCCAAGGCUGAGCUGUUGUCACCAUCAACGCUGUCAUUCUUAAACGUGACCAGCCACUCCGCCUAG